UUCAGUGCUCGGUGCAAACUAAAGUAUUUAGUUCCUCUAUCAUUUUCUACAGUUUUACGUUAAUGAAGACACACAGUCUAAAUUUCAACAACAACACGAAGCAGACGGGAAAGGUUCCGCUUGACCGGGAAACUGCCAGAAAGGAACACGAACCUAAGUUUGCUGCAGAGUUGCAGCAGCUCGUCCCUGGCCUCCAUGGAGACUCUCAACACCUUUGAAUCCGAGAUGGAGUCGGACGGGCAGGGCAGCUACUCUCUGUUUCCUGCCCUGGACAGUAUUGCGAGUCUGUCUGGGACUUCUGAGACUCUGGAGAGUGAACCCCCUAGUGAAAUUGCAGAGAAACCAAACCUCACGUGGCUUGAUGCUGCACAGAUCGUAUUGGAAGAAGUUGGGCGUCCCAUGCACAUAAAGGAGAUUAAGCAGAGAAUAAUUGACAGGGGACUCGUUCAAUCCAAUGCAAAGUCGAGCCUGGAAGCUGUCAUGUACCGUGAGACACAAAAAGGCAGCAGGAGAUUCAAGAGGAUUGAAAACAGAAAUGGAGUCUUUGCAUUGCUGACCGACGAGGAGCGGCAGCAGGCCCUGCAGGCCUUCGCCGCUCAGGCGUUCCUCGGAUCACCGCAGCAGAACAGCAUUUCCAGCUCUGGCUCCGGGGCCUCGGCGCCGGCCCACCUGUCUCACUCCUCUUCUGAGCUGAAACCCAAGAUGAAGAGGGGUCCUCGGAAAAACCAGAACGAAAAGUACAGGCUCAAGUACCUGAGGCUUCGCAAAGCUGCACGUGCCAUGAUAUUUGAGAACGCAGCUCUCUGUGAUGAAGUCGCUCACUUAGAAGAAAAGUUUCUGAGAGCAAAGGAGGAGCGCAGGUUCUUGUUGAAGUCGUUGUUGCAGUACCAGUCUUUGUCAGAGGCAGACGUACUGCCCGCUCCCAGCUCCAGCGUGCUGCCGGCCGUCCCAGCCGCGCCGCUGGCCGCGGGUCCAGCAGGAGCGUCAGGCCUCCCUGCAGCACACAGCCUCAUAUCCUCCGUGUCCACCGGAGAAGAGGGGCUGCUCAAAAAACCCAAGAAGGAAAGGAAAGAAGGCGGAAAGGAAAAUGGAAAAGAAGAGUUUCCAAAGAAGAUUUCUAAGAAGAGAAAGCUGGCGGAUGGAUCUCGGAAGCUGGUGCAGCCCAUCCCUCUGGACUCGUCUGGUCGCCCCGUCUUCCCAAUUGUCCUGGGAGGUUUAACGGUCUACAGUCUGGGAGAGAUCAUCACAGACAGAAUGUUGUUCCACGACGAGUGUGCCAUCUACCCCGUGGGCUUCUGCAGCACGCGGGUCUUUGCCAGCAUGAAGAACCCAGAGCAGCAGUGUCUCUACACGUGCCAGAUCAAAGAUGGAGGAGCCGGUCCACAGUUUGAGAUUGUGCCUGAGGAAGACCCCCAGAACGCCAUUGUGGCCUCCUCUGCGUUGACGUGCCACUCAAAUCUGCUGAAGGCCAUUGCAUCUAACAGCUCCAAGUCUGUGAGACCGAUUGUGCCAUCAGGAGCAGACUUCUUCGGCUUCUCUCAUCCCACCAUCCAGAACCUGAUCCAGAGUUGUCCCGGAGCGCGCAAGUGCAGCAACUACACGUGGAUUCGUUUUGAGGUGUGUCGCCGUGGCGACGGCCAGGUCCCCCACAGCUUAUCAGAGGACGAUGCCUCAGUCAACUUUGAAGCCUACCUGAGGCGCCAAGGCUUUGAUGGAAACAUCAAGGCGGAGCACGUCACAGGUCAGACACCACAGUCUCCAAGCUCCUCUCAUCAGCACCACCUAACCUCCUCCACCAUGAAGCCGUCCACCUCUUAUUUCAGCUCCUGAGAUUCAGCUCCUCUGAAUUCAUGGCCGUACCUUGAAUUUCAUCUCCAUAAUUUUUCAUCCUCAUUAAAAAACACCACAGGGGCUCUCUUUCCCAAAUGUUUGUUUAAUUUACUGAGGUCACUCAGAGCAGUUAUUUAUUAUGUUUUGGCAAUCCUCCGGCAGUAUUUUUUAGGGUCAGGCUUCUGUAUGCGGUUUGGCACAUUAAGAUUUGUUCAUGUCUAUAAUAAACCCCAUGGCCAAGGUUUUGUUGUAUGUGUUUUAACGACUGUGAUGGAUAAGUUUAAUCCUAUUUUACAAUAUGUUUAAUAUUUCAUUGUUAAAAAUGUAUUUGCAUACUGCAGAAAAAGGUCUGUUACACAUGCAAAAGCAGGUUUUGAAAGAGUGUGUGCGAUUGCGCUGGUAUUUAACUGAUGCAGUGCUUCAACUUGCAGCUCACCUUUGGUCCAUAUGAAACAAGAGCAUGUUUGAAUUAACAGAUAAUUUAACCGCUUUGAUGUUCUGUUUCAAAUUAAAAGCGGCUUUGAAAGUAAUGGAAGAAACAAUAUUAUUCCUCUGUGCUAUUUAUUUACUGUACAUUAUGCAAUCAUGCAUUGUGCUGUAAACAUCACAAUCUACAGUUUUGCUGCUUCCCAGCAGUUUAAUGUUCAACCAUUUGUUUGCGAUGCAGUUCCAAUGCCAGCUUAGGUUGCAUACAGGAAAAAAACUAAACAUUCAGAAAGCUAUUUUAUUGGGAUGACAGAAAAAUGUACAAUCACCAGCUAUCGUGAUUUUGAGACCACACAAACAUACAACUAUUUGGACAGUGACACAUUUUCUCUUUAUAAACUAAAAGUUAAGAUGUAAUCCAAGUUUAGACUCUGGGCUUUAACUGGUUUCACAGAAAUAUGGCAUUUAAGCGAACCACCUUUCACCACCUCUCCAAAAUAUACCGAAAAAAUCUAUCACUUUAAAUAUAACCGUAGCUUUUAAUGCGUGGAUGAAAAUCUUUUGCAGUCAGCGACUCCCUGAAGUCUGGAUCCCAGGGACGUCGUCGAAUUCUGAGUUAAAUCGGAAGAUGUUUUGCCAAGCCUUCACUGCAGCCAUCUUUAGUUGCCGUUUGUUUGAGCAUCUUUCUGCUUUCAAUUUUGUCUCAGUAACUGAACUUCGAGCUCUGUUGGACUGAGAUGGGGCGACGGACUCUUGACAAUGAAGGAUAUUUAAUUUAUUUGCCUUCAAAACAUCUUGAGUUGCCUUGACAGCAUGUUGAGGGUCAUAAUCCAUCUGCAGCGUAAAGCGCUGACCUUUUAGUUUCGUAGCGUUUGCCUGAAUAUAAGCAACACCAGCGAGGCCUUUCCGUGUGCUGCCAUACAUGCCCGUACCAUCACACUGCACCCACCGUGUUUAACACAUGAUGUGCUCAUGAACCAUUUCUCUCCCUCAUAUUUUUCCCAUAAUUCAUAUAGAUGUCCAUCUUGGUCUCAUCCGUCCAAAGAAUCUGAUUCCAACGCGGGGAAAUAUAUUUUUUGUUUUUUGGCUAAAUCUAAUCUAGCUUUACAGUCACGAGUCUCUUGAUUUUAAAUUCUGACAAACUUACCGUACUUCUACUACCUUUUCCUGAAUAUUCCUGACUGUUGAUGUUAUGAGGGCUUUUUUCUUCACCAAGGAAAUGAUUCUGUAUUCAUUCACUUUAGUUUUCAGGUUUUUCAAGGCCUCUCAUGUUUUUGAACUCAUCAGUAACUUUUCUUUCUCUUUAUGGAUGUACAAAUGUGUUGAUUUGGCCUCAUAUAAAGUUUUUUUGCAAUCUCUUA